AGAGAGAGAGUUUUUACUCCAAACAAUCAAUCAUCGUUGAAUAUUGACAGAGCCCAUCAUAUGUGAAUAAACUCUCGAGAGAAUUAUGACUUACAAAGUAAGAUGGAGCUUGAGAGAAUCAGCAUAGAAUCCUAGAGAGAGAGAGAGAGAGAGAAUGGAUGUGAGGAAAAUAGUGGUACUAGUGGAAGAAGAGGAGGCAGCAAGAACAGCCCUCAAGUGGGCUCUACAAAACCUCAUUCGCUGCGGCGAUUUAAUCACUCUUCUCCACAUCUUCCCCUCUUCCUCUUCUUCUUCUUCUUCUUCCUCCUCCUCUACAUCCAAAACCAAGACCAAAUCUCGUCUCCUCCGCUUAAAAGGCUUCCAACUCGCCCUCUCUUUCAAAGACAUCAUCUGCAACAACUUCCCCAACGUUGUUUCACAGACAAAUAUUGAGAUUGUUGUGACGGAAGGUGACCAAGAGGGUGCGAAGAUUUCAGCCAUGGUUAGAGAGAUCGGAGCUUCGGCGCUUGUGGUCGGACUCCAUGACCAAAGCUUUCUUUACAAGUUGGCAAUGUCGGAAGGCAAUAAUACUGGAAGUAGGUUGGAUUGCAGAGUGCUUGCCAUCAAACAACCAACAGCUAAUUCAACAGUACCGACGUUAAGGACGAAGAGGAGUAGUGCAGUACUAAAACUAGACAGUUUAAAUAAUAUGGACUUUUCGCAGAUAGAGAUUGCCAGCUUACAUACUGUCCCAGAUAUUUCUCCACCAAAAAUUCCAUACAGAAUUUGCCCAAACCCUUCAGCGAUUAUUUGGAGGUCGAGGAGAUCAUCAAGAUCAUAAUGUUUCUGGAAGUACUGGAUCGAGCUGGCUCAAUGUAAAUUAUCUC